CAUCCAUUUGCGCUUACACACGACGGAAAACUCACAAUGGGUAAAACUAAAGGACUCGUUGCGCCGGUGAAGAAGGUUGAUCCUAGCUUGGAUGCUUUGUUUGCUACCAGUGUUGGUCCAGCGAAGCCCCGCCCAGCUGCGAAAUACUCCGAGCCCCUACCGACAAAGUCCAAGAAGGCGCCAGUACCUUCCAAGAAAGAGGAGGAAGUUCAGGACGAGGGCGAUGACGAGGAACUGAGCGAGCUUGACGAAGAAUACGAUUCCGAGGUCGGCAUUGGAGAGGAUGACGAAGACGACGAGGCUGUAGACGACAGUGACAGCGAAGACGAAGCCCUCGAGACCCUCGAAGCUGUUGUGAAACAAGGAAAGGUCCCGGAAGAAGAUGGACGGAAACGGAAGCGCAAGCAACCCGACCAGCACGACAAUCUCGAACACAAAUACCUGUCGAAGUUGGCGGAGGACGAUGAAGAGCCGGCUGGCAAGCGUCUUAAGGCCGACGAGCAAUCCGGAGAAAAGAAGGAUACCGCCAAGGCCGAGAAGAAGGACGACGACGACAGCGAGUCUGCGGAUGAGGUCCCCGUUCACGAAUCGCUAGCGCCCGAUGCUGCCCAGAACGAGAUUGAGAAGGCCAACCGCACCGUCUUCCUCAGCAAUGUCGCCGUUGAAGCCGUCACCUCUCGUUCGGCCAAAAAGACCUUGAUGAAGCACCUGGCUUCAGUGCUGGACAAGGAGGCGAAGCCUGCGCAAAAGGUUGAGUCGAUACGGUUCCGCUCGACUGCCUUCGCUACCGCUGCUAUUCCCAAGCGCGCCGCUUAUAUCAAGAAGUCCGUGAUGGAGGCCACUACGAAAUCGACAAACGCCUAUGUUGUUUACAGCACCCCUGCGGCCGCUCGUCUUGCCUGCUCGAAACUCAACGGCACAAUUGUGUUGGAUCGCCACAUCCGUGUCGACAGCGUUGCCCAUCCUGCCCCGGUAGACCACAAGCGCUGCGUCUUCGUCGGCAACCUUGGUUUUGUGGAUGACGAGACAGUAUUGCAGGUGAAGGUAGACGAAGACGGUAAGGAGGUGACCGAGAAGAAGAAGCGGACAAAGCAGCCUAUGGACGUCGAGGAAGGUCUCUGGCGGGUAUUCGGUAAAGAGGGCGGCAAAGUUGAGAGCGUUCGUGUGGUCCGCGACCCUGUCACCCGUGUCGGCAAGGGCUUCGCCUAUGUUCAGUUCUGCGAUGAAAACGCCGUCGAGUCAGCCAUCCUCCUCAACGGCAAGAAAUUCCCGCCCAUGCUCCCCCGCGAGCUACGCGUCAGCCGCUGCAAGGCCCCUCACAAGACCCUGCGUGCCAUCGAAGCCAAGAAGCUCAAGGCGCAGGGUGCCGUUCCGGAAACUAUGAAGAAAGGCAACAACGGAAAGAAGGGUCCUGGCUCCAAGAAAUCCGACUACGCCCCCAAGAUCUCCGCCGAAGCCAAGACCAUCGCCGGCCGCGCCGAGAAGCUCCUCGGCAAGUUCACUGCCAGACAGGUCAUCGGCUCCGACAAGAAGAAGACUUUCAACAAGCAGGACAGAUACCAGGCCAACCAAAGGAGGAAUCACGCCUCGGGCGCCAACACGGAGGCGACCGGCCCCAGAGUCCCGGGCGCCUACAAGUCCCCCGAGAGUUUCAUUCUCGAGGGUAAGCGUGCUAGUGCGGCAGAUGGAAAACCUAAGGAUCUCAAGUUCAAGGGCGCCAAGAAGAAUAAGGCGCCGAAUGCGGGUGGUGGUAAGAAGAAGACUGGUCGUGCUGCUGCGAGGGCUUCGAAGUGGAAGGUUCAAGGGAAGGGGAAGAAAUAAGUGCUAGGCCAUUUGCCUGAUGUUAAGAGUUGUUUGCUGGUAUAGAGCCAACGGGCAGCAGCCGGCGUGGUGCGGGUGCGCGCGUUUCAGCCCGGUGCGGCCCGUGGAUUUUGAAGCUUUAAGAAAAGGAGUAGAAUUCGAAAGUGAAUAGAAGCCUUCGAUUCAUGACGCACGCAUGUAUGGGUAGGAUAGGAUAGGCUGUAAUGCAGUCAUCG